AUGGCGUCUUCCGGGUCCGGCUCCUCGAAUAACACGAUCAAGGUCGUUGCGAGAUUUCGACCGCAGAACAAAGUUGAAUUAGCGUCGGGAGGGGAGCCGAUUGUGGAUUUCGAAAAUGAGCAGUCAUGCAAGAUCAACUCCAGGGAAGGCAUAAGUGCCUUCACUUUCGAUAGGGUUUUCCCCAUGGGCUCUCGACAAAAUGAUAUCUUCGAUUUCUCUAUUCGCUCAACGGUGGAUGAUAUUCUGAACGGUUACAACGGCACCGUAUUUGCAUAUGGACAAACGGGUGCGGGUAAAUCGUAUACGAUGAUGGGCUCCGAUAUCGACGAUGAUGAGGGCAAGGGUAUCAUCCCGCGUAUCGUUGAGCAGAUCUUCGCGAGCAUUCUCGUCAGUCCCAGCAACAUCGAGUACACCGUCCGGGUCAGCUAUAUGGAAAUCUAUAUGGAGCGGAUCAGGGAUCUGCUCGUUCCUCAGAACGACAAUCUUCCCGUCCACGAAGAAAAGGCACGAGGCGUCUACGUCAAGGGACUGCUAGAGGUGUAUGUCUCGAGUGUUCAGGAAGUUUAUGAAGUGAUGCGACGCGGUGGGGCGGCAAGAGCUGUUGCUGCGACAAACAUGAAUCAGGAGUCAUCCCGGUCUCACUCUAUUUUUGUGAUCACCGUGACGCAGAAGAACGUUGAAACGGGCUCUGCCAAAAGCGGUCAGCUCUUCUUGGUUGAUUUGGCAGGUAGUGAAAAGGUCGGCAAGACAGGUGCUAGUGGCCAGACGCUGGAAGAGGCCAAGAAAAUCAACAAGAGUUUGAGUGCUCUUGGCAUGGUCAUCAACGCCCUGACGGACGGAAAGUCAACACAUAUCCCUUAUCGCGACUCGAAACUCACCCGAAUCCUACAAGAGAGUUUGGGAGGUAACUCCCGGACAACCUUGAUCAUUAACUGCUCGCCCAGCAGCUACAACGAUGCGGAAACGAUAUCUACUCUUCGCUUCGGUGUGCGUGCCAAGGCUAUCAAGAACAAGGCGAAGAUCAACGCCGAGUUGAGCCCUGCCGAGCUGAAGCAGCUGCUACGCAAGGCGCAGAGUCAGGUCACCAACUUCGAGACCUACAUCUCUGCGCUUGAAAACGAAGUCCAGGUCUGGCGAAGUGGAGAUAAUGUUCCAAAAGAGCGCUGGACACCGUCUCGCUCCGCAGACGGCGUCAGCGCGGCAAAGGUAGAAGCCCGCGCACCUCGCCCCGGCACUCCUUCCCGGUUGCAGGAUGUGCCUCGUUCAGAGACUCCCCGGCCGGACUCCAGACUGGGCGACCGGUCUGGAACCCCCAGUCUGGUGCUCGAAAAGGAUGAGCGUGAAGAGUUUCUCCGACGUGAGAACGAGCUUCAAGACCAGAUCACCGAGAAGGAAACGCAUAUCGCGAAUGUCGAGAGGACUCUACGGGAGGCGAAGGAGGAGCUGAAGAAUAUGAAGGAGAACAACUCUCGUUCCGGCAAGGACAACGAGAGACUCAAUACUGAAGUCAAUGAGCUCCGUAUGCACUUGGAGAAGGUUUCGUAUGAGAGCAAAGAAGCGUCCAUCACCAUGGACAGUUUGAAGGAAGCGAACACCGAGUUGACUUCCGAACUUGACGAAGUGAAGCAGCAGCUCUUGGAUGUCCGUAUGAAGGCGAAGGAGACUAGCGCCGCCUUGGAUGAGAAGGAAAAGAAAAAAGCGGAGAAGAUGGCCAAGAUGAUGGCCGGAUUCGACUUGGGUAGUGACGUGUUUUCUGACAACGAGCGCAAAGUUCAGGAUCUUAUUCAGCGCGUUGAUGCCUUGCACAAAAUCAGCGAAGAAGGCGAAACCAUCGUUCCCGAUGAUCUCCUUGAACUACGAGCCAGCCUGUUGGAAACGCAGGGCUUUAUCCGACAGGCCGAGUUGACGAUGAAUGACCGCGGUGAGUUGAGUCUGCUGCAGGACGGCCGACGUACGGAGCUCGAGCAGAAGCUGGCGGAUCUCGAGCGGGAAUACGAAAAUGUUCUGGAGAGCAAUCUGGGCGAGCAAGAUGUGCAGGAGAUUCGCGAACGACUGGAGAAGUCGUACGGCGAUCGCAAGGAGACGGAGAUGAAAUUGCUCGAAGAGUUGCGUCAAGAAAUCGGCCACAAGGACGAGGAGCUGACAAAGCUGCGCCAGUCGCUCACGGAUUCUCAGUCGCGCGCCUCAACAAACGGUGCUGCGGGCAAAACACUCCAGCAGCAGAUUGCUGAAUUCGAUGCGAUGAAGAAGUCGUUGAUGCGUGAUCUGCAAAACCGCUGCGAGAGGGUUGUGGAGCUUGAGAUUUCGUUGGACGAUGCCCGCGAGCAGUACAACAACGUGCUUCGGUCCUCGAAUAACCGGGCUCAACAGAAGAAGAUGGCCUUCCUGGAACGCAACCUCGAGCAAUUGACUCACGUGCAACGCCAGCUGGUUGAGCAGAACAGCGGACUCAAGAAAGAAGUCGCCAUUGCCGAGCGGAAACUCAUCGCCCGAAACGAGCGGAUUGCCAGUUUGGAGAGCCUGCUCCAGGAGAGCCAGGAGAAGCUUACCCAAGCAAAUCACCGAUUCGAGGCCCAACUCACUGCCGUCAAGGAGAGGCUCGAGGCGGCCAAGCAAGGCUCGACGCGGGGCCUCCCGACUUCGAUGGAUUCCAGCGGCGGGUUCAGUUUCGGGGGCUCGAGGAUCGCAAAGCCCCUCCGCGGCGGUGGCGGAGACAAUGCUCCCUCGAACUCGUCCAUUGCUGGAGUUCAGUCGCAGGAGACGGGGAAGCGCACAAGCUGGUUCUUUGACCGACGAUGA